GGAUGCUUAUAAAGUUAACAGACGAGGAAAAAAUUAUUCCGUGCAAUUACAAAUGGAAAAAUUACGGAAAUGUUUAUUCUGCAAUAUUAGAUUCUGACAAAAGAGCUUAUAAAGAAUUUGUAAAAAAAGAACGACAAAAAGUAUAUACGAUGUCAUUCCCUAGAUUAUCUUUCUUUGAACUUUUGUACAAAGUAGAUAUUUCAGACUUUAACCUAUAUUCGGAAAUGACCUUAUCGGAAGUAAGGCUAUUAUCCAGUUUAUUUAUUGAUGAUGCUACUACUGUGCAUCUUCGCAAUAGUCA